GUAGUGAUAGUAACAUUUUACUUAUGAACUGACUAAUGCACAUUAUAUGCAGCAUUAUUAUCGCACAUGGACUGGAUUUACACCUUUUAAAUAUAGAAAUUGGUGUCGUGUGUGAGCGAAAGUGGGUGUUAGAGUAACUGAGAGGGUUUAUUUGGGCUAAUCCUCCUGUUUGUACAUGAACCUGUACAGAGAAGCAGAAGAACAUUGUUGUUCUCACACAGCUGGACUUUCUUUCUCUCUGAUCGUGUGUCUACUAGAUCUCGUUUAAUCUAAAAUUCAUUUACUCAGAUAUCUGGAUCCUCUGGAAGUGGCUGGCAUGAGACUGGCAUGAAACUGCACACAUCUAGAUGAAGUGAAACCUUACCUUUGUUAUUGUAGAGCUAUCUGAUAGUGUGACAUCACUUCAUCUGUUACAGUCAACAAAUAAUUGGAGAAAAUGAAUACAGAAAAAGAUUUCUCUCCUUUAACCCCGAAUAUUGUCAGAGCCCUCAAUGAUAAGCUGUAUGAGAAGAGAAAAGUGGCAGCACUGGAGAUAGAAAAACUCGUAAGGGAGUUUGUGGCUCAGAACAACUCGACUCAGAUAAGACACGUCAUCCAGAUUCUGGCAUCUGAGUUUGCACUCUCGCAGCACCCGCACAGCCGAAAAGGAGGACUCAUCGGUCUGGCUGCCUGCUCCAUCGCCCUGGGAAAAGAUUCUGGACUGUACCUGAAGGAGCUGAUUGAACCAGUGCUCACAUGUUUUAACGACUCAGACAGCAGGCUGAGAUAUUACGCCUGUGAAGCUCUAUACAAUAUAGUGAAGGUCGCCAGAGCAGCAGUGCUUCCUCACUUCAACGUUUUGUUCGACGGCCUGAGUAAGCUUGCAGCAGAUCCUGACCCCAAUGUGAAGAGUGGCUCUGAGCUUCUUGAUCGCCUUCUAAAGGACAUUGUAACAGACAGCAACAAGUUUGAUCUGGUGGCAUUUGUUCCUCUGUUGCGUGAGAGGAUCUACUCCAACAAUCAGUAUGCUCGCCAGUUUAUCAUCUCAUGGAUCUUGGUUUUGGAGUCAGUGCCAGAUAUAAACCUCCUGGAUUAUCUUCCUGAAAUUCUGGACGGGCUUUUUCAGAUUCUCGGAGACGGCAGCAAAGAGAUCAGGCGCAUGUGUGAGGUGGUUUUGGGAGAAUUUCUCAAAGAAAUCAAGAAAACACCGUCCAGUGUCAAGUUUGCUGAAAUGGCAAACAUCCUGGUCAUCCACUGCCAAGUGUCUGACGAGUCUAAACUCACUAAUGAUCUGAUCCAGCUGACAGCUAUGACCUGGAUGAGGGAGUUUAUACAGUUGGCAGGCCGAGUGGUUCUACCCUAUUCCUCUGGCAUCCUCACAGCCGUGCUUCCUUGCUUAUCCUAUGAUGACCGCAAGAAAAGCACCAAAGAGGCCGCCAGUGCCUGCAACAACAGCCUGAUGAAACUUGUGACUCCAGAGGAUGAUGAAGAUGAAGAGUCACAGUCCUUAACCUCUCCAGUGAGCACAGACACGACCAGCAAGACUGAGACGGAUCUUAAUGAUUCUCUGAAUGCCUCACAGGAGUCUGUUGGCUUGAGCAACAUCUCUUUCUUCACACCAACCGGAAAUGACCGGGUGCAGGUGACGCUGGACCUGGAUAGCAUCGUGCAGGUUCUGGACAGACAUUUACACGACUCCUUCACAGGCAUGAUGACACGCAUUGCUGUGCUAAAGUGGCUCUAUCAUCUUUAUAUCAAAACACCUCGCAAAAUGUUCCGUCACACAGACAGCCUGUUUCCUAUGUUGCUGAAGACUCUUUCUGAUGAGUCUGAUGAGGUGAUUCUGAAAGACCUGGAAGUUCUAGCGGAGAUUGCAUCUUCCCGUGCUGGACAGACAGAGUCAUCAGAGUUGAGUGAGGGUGCAAAUAAAACUGAGCUUCACAUUCCAGAUGGGGGCAAAGCUGCACCAAAACAACUGGGAGUGGUUUCCAAAGUGGCUGACUCGUCACCCUCCACUCCAAGCAUGAACUCCUUCUUCUACAAGUUCAUGAUCAACCUGCUCAAGCGCUUUAGUCAGGAGAGGAAACUUCUGGAAAUGAGAGGGGCUUUCAUUAUCAGGCAGCUGUGUCUCCUCCUGCAUGCUGAGAACAUCUUCCACUCCAUGGCUGACAUCCUGCUAAAGGAGGAGGACCUCAAGUUUGCAUCCACCAUGGUGCAAACGCUCAACACUAUCCUGCUCACGUCAGCUGAGCUCUUCCAGCUCCGCAACCAGCUGAAAGACCUGCGCUCACCAGAAAGCUGUGCUUUGUUCUGCUGUCUGUAUCGGUCCUGGUGCCACAGUCCGGUGGCCACAGUCUCCCUCUGCUUUCUCACCCAGAACUACCACCACGCCUACGACCUCAUCCAGAAGUUUGGUGAUCUGGAGGUGACUGUAGAUUUUCUGAUCGAGGUUGACAAACUGGUGCAGCUAAUCGAGAGUCCCAUUUUUACCUAUCUGCGUCUACAGCUGCUGGAUGUAGAGAACAACCCGUAUUUAAUUAAAGCUCUGUACGGUUUGCUGAUGCUCCUGCCGCAAAGCCAGGCAUUCCAGCUGCUGUCCCAUCGCCUGCGCUGCGUCCCAAAUCCAGAACUCAUGAGGACUGUGGAUGGCUCGAAGCCAGCCAGCACCAAGCCCAACACCCUGCUGCAAGUGGACUACGGAGAGCUGCUGCAGCAUUUUGAACAAGUGCAGAGCAAACACCGGGAGGUUCGGCACCAGAGGACUGGCCACGCCGAGCACCCGGACAGGAAGCUGGUGCUUUGAUUGCCCUCUGUCUGACACUAGAAGAGACUGGGCACUAAAGACGUGCGCCUAAGUGAACCCGCUGUGCUUCUACUCUGCUUUUAAAGCGUCAGUCCUACUGUAGGCAUGAAGAGCUGCGAUGUUCCUUGUUUUAUUUGUUUAUAAAGUGCUUUAUGUUCAAGUGACAGAGUUAAAUUAUGAUAGAGACUCGUUUAGGACUGCGGGCCAGUGGUUGUAUAAUCUUAUGCCAGUGGUUUUAGCGUAGCUGGCAAUCAUAAUCAACACAGGCAUUCCAAGCUGAUAUAGAUAACCGGCUUGGGUUUUAAUAACUGCCGCCUGUAUGAGUUGUUCAUUCAUUUCUACAAACCACUUGAUCAUGGUCGAGGCCACAGUGGGUCUGGCACACCUGGAACCACUGGGUGCAAGGCAGGAAUACUUUUACCUCCACAUUUAUCAGUACAUUUAAACCUUAGAUCAUUUUUAUAUUAUAUGAGGUAGAAAAAACUACCCAGAUGGAACCCACAGAGAACAUGCCAAAUUCUUCAUGGCUUGUAUUACUUGGCAAUGGUCAAAUCCAGGCCUUCAGGAACUGCAGCACCACUGUGUCUACAAUUUCAGCUGCUAUUGAAGUGACAGUCCAAAAAUUAAAUUGGUACUAUUUUUCCCUCUCCAUUGUUUUGGUUUUAAAUAGAUCCUUAGUGGACAACAAAUGGUCAGCCAUGCUUGAAUCUUUUAUAUUUAGUGUAAAUUAAGUGUAGAAGAUGGUGGCACAGAGGGUAGUAUGGUUGCCACACAACCAGGUCUAAAUAUUUUCACAUGUUCUCCAUGUUUCUUUGUGGAUCUCCCCUGGGUUCUUCAGUUAUCUUUUUUUUUUUUUUUUUUUUUUUUUUUUUUUUAAGUUGCCCACAAGUGUUUUGGCUACUGUAAAUUGUCCAGUAUGUAGUCCUGCCAUGCACCAGAUAUAUUACACUUUGGCUUUGGAGGCACCACAAGCCCUGAUCAUGAUAACAUGCUAACUGAAAAUAAACCAACUCCAUAAAAUCACUCGAUCACAUCACAUUUCACACACAGUAUGUAUGUAUAUAACAGUAACAAACAUUCCUUUGCAUAUCGCAGACUAUCCCUUGAGCAAUCUACUGCUUGCUCAUGAACGAAAUAAUUCCACUGGUUUCUACUGUAUGUCCAAAGCCCUUUUUUCUCUUCCAUGCUUUUAUUCUCGUGCAUAUUAUUUUAAUGGCAUCAUGCAUUGUACUGCUCUGUCUUACUGAUCAGUGUACUGCGAGUCUGUACCCUGGCCUUAUUUGAACAGACUGAAUUUUAGUCAUUUGUCAUGUUCCGAGACAAAGAUGUAAUAAAUUGAACCGUGUUCUAUCA